AUGCGCACGCGCGCCAAUGAAACACGCAUAAACGCCUUUCCCGACACCGAGCCGUCCCCUGUUUCUCCAUUCUCUCUCCCCAACUCCCCACCCCCGGCAUCUAUGGACCAUGGGGAAUCUCUCCUCUUCCCCCAAGUUUUUCCCAAGGUCCCAACGUCGUCAUCGCGUCCGGUCCGGCAACCAUACCCCGGACUUUGUGUCUUUUCUUCCUCAUUGCUGUUGGAACGUCGAUCCAACCCACCAAUCCAAGAAGGAACUUUUGGCCCGUUGUCCUAG